AUGGCUUCAAUACCUGAAGGUCCACCGGCUCCAGCCUUUACUGGUGUGAGCGGCCUUAACCCACAAACUGCUCUGCUGGACGCAUUCUUUCCAGGAUUCUCCCUCAUCUCAACAGGUUUACUUAAAUAUACCAAAAUCGACCUCUCACUCUACCUACCAAUGGUUCUAGCAACAGGAGCUGUCAUCUUUUCCUGGCGAUACCUCUACGAUUGGACGUGGGAACUAAUCGACAAAUAUGCCAUGUCAUCCGCCGAUAUCCGCAUAGAUGAUGAAAUGUACAAUAUGCUUAUGGGAUGGAUUGCCAAUCAGAACUUUGCAAAAAGCUCGCGCAAAUUUGUUGCCAAUACCAAUCUCAAUAGUCGCAUGUGGUAUCUUUGGCGCGACGAUGAGGAUGAAGAGGAUGAAGAUGAUGAUGAGAUCAUCGACUUCGACAAAGACUCGAAUCCAGUAGCGAAAAUUGGUGGGAAACAAGAGAAGAAAGUGCGAUUUACGCCAUCUUUUGGCACUCAUUACUUUUGGUACAAAGGAAAGCUGCUUCAAUUUCGAAGAAUAAAAGAUGAGCGGCAGCAAUCCUAUGGAUCGCUUAGCGAGAGGGAAGAGGUAUCCGUCGCUUGUUUUGGGAGGGAUCCGAGCAUUCUGAAAACGUUACUGGAUGAGUGCCGUACUCUGUUUUUGAAAUCCGAUGAAAGUCGGACAGUAAUUUAUCGUGGAAAUUUGAAAUCAACCGGCGGAGCAAGCGAGCCUCAAUGGACUCGAUGUAUCUCCAGAGUUUCGAGACCUUUCUCGACAGUCGUAUUAGACGAGAGUGUCAAGCAGAAACUUCUCGAUGACAUGAGAGAUUAUCUACAUCCAUACACUCGCCGCUGGUACUCAAAUCGAGGCAUUCCAUACCGUCGAGGAUACCUCCUCUAUGGCCCACCAGGCACAGGCAAAUCCUCACUCAGCUUCGCAAUAGCCGGCUACUUCAAACUCAAAAUCUACAUCGUCUCCCUCAACUCUCCCUCCAUGGACGAAGAACACCUCUCCACCCUCUUCGCCGACCUCCCCAAACAAUGUGUCGUCCUCCUCGAAGACAUCGACACCGCCGGUCUAACACACACCCGCGAAGACCCUUCCUCCUCUGAUAAACCAACAACCACCACCCUUCCUGGAAACACACUCAUAUCCUCGCUCACCCCUCCAGCGUCCCGACCAGGCCGGAUCUCUCUCUCCGCAUUACUCAACAUCAUCGACGGCGUAGCCAGCCAAGAAGGCCGCGUCCUAAUCAUGACGACGAACCACAAAGACAAGCUCGACGAAGCCCUCAUCCGACCCGGUCGCGUGGACAUGACGGUCGAAUUCAAUCUCGCGUCUACAUCCAUGCUCUCCACUAUCUUCCGCGGCAUUUACGCCACGCUCGAAGGCGACAUCCCUGAUCACCCUACCUCUGAUCUCAUUCGCACACCUUCAUCUUCCAAAGAUAGCGAAAUCGAGGAGUUGCGUCUCCGUAAUGAGUUUCUGGCGAAACGCAAGAGGGAUGAGGAGGAGGUGGAGAGACUGGCAGAAGAAUUUGCGAGUAAGAUUCCAAGUGGGACGUUUAGUCCUGCAGAGGUGCAGGGGUAUCUUUUGAAGCAUAAGAGGGAGCCUGAAGUAGCGGUUAGGGGGGCGGAGGAGUGGGUUGUCGAGACGAAGAGGUUGAAGGAGAGGGUUAGGGAGAGGGAGAUGAGAGAGGAGAACGAAAGAGCGAAGGCGGAAAAGGAGGCGGCGGAGAAAAAGGAGAAGGAAGAUGCUGAGGAAAAAGCUAAAGAGGAGGGGGAGAAGGGAGAGACAAAGAACGUUGAGAAAAGCGAUUAG